AUGAUUGAGAACGUGCUUGAUCACGGCUCGCUGGAGCACAUCCUGCCCGUGUCGUGGAAGACGCAGAUCACGGCAUGGCUCGCCGAGGACACCCCGUCGUUUGACGUGGGCGGAUUUGUCGUCGGUAACCACGCGCGCACGGCUACGCUGUGGGGCAAGUCUCCGGGCAUCCUGGCCGGCAUCCCCUUCUUCACCGAGGUCUUCACCCAGUGCGGCUGCACCGUCGAGUGGCACGCCGGCGAGGGCUCCCACAUUGAGACGCACGGCGGCAAGACGGCUCUGGCCACGGUCACUGGCCCCGCCCGCGGGCUGCUCGAGGGCGAGCGCGUCGCCCUCAACAUCCUCGCCCGCUGCUCCGGCAUCGCCACCAAGAGCCGCCGCCUAAUCGUCAACCUGCGGAGUGCCGGCUACAAGGGCAUUCUCGCCGGCACCCGCAAGACGACCCCCGGAUUCCGCCUCGUUGAAAAGUACGGCAUGCUGAUCGGCGGCGCCGACACGCACCGCAUGGACCUGAGCACAAUGACAAUGCUCAAGGACAACCAUGUCUGGAGCCGCGGAAGCAUUACGCAGGCGGUCAAGGCCGCCAAGGCAGCUGGCGGCUUCAGUCUCAAGGUCGAAGUCGAGGUCCAGAGCGAGGAGGAGGCCGACGAGGCCAUCGCUGCCGGCGCCGACAUCGUCAUGCUGGACAACUUCACCGGCCCCGGCGUCAAGGUGGCGGCUAAAAACCUAAAGGAGAGAUGGAGCGGUAAGAAGUACUUCCUGCUCGAGGUCUCGGGCGGCCUGACCGAGGACAACGCCGAGCUGUAUGUUUGCAACGACGUCGACAUCUUGUCAACAAGUUCAAUUCACCAAGGCGUACAACACGUUGACUUCUCUCUCAAGAUUAACUUGGACAAGGAGGAAGGCUCUGAGGUGUCGAGUUAA